GGCGCUGGGGAAGGGGAGGCCCGGGGCAGCAGCGGCCCCGACCCGCAGCUCUGCCCCCUCCCCUCCUGCUUCCCCCCCUUUGCAAACCCGCCGGGAGGGGAGGCCGGGCCGGGGCUGAGCGUGGUGACACCUGCACUUUCCCGGCGCGCUGCUCCCCUCCGCCCCUUUCCAGAUGUUCCUUGGCAUCAGGCUGUCGCUUCCCGCCUGGGAACGAGCACUCCGCUUGGAAGCGGGGCCGGGCUUCAGACCGUGGCCCCGCCACUCCCGUGUUCGAGUCCGCACGCCUCCGUUUCCGCCUUGCCUCACCUUUCCUGAAGAUAAAUAUGACACAGAAAAAAAUAGAAAAGAAGUGGACAUUUGUUGAGCUCCUGCGUGGCCACGUAUUAUGCAAACCGCUUCUAUCUGCCACGUUCAGUCCUGGUUCCAUGGGCUAGCACUCCCAUUGCACAUAUGCUAACCUCCCAGAGUUGGACUGAGUUUUCUCACGUGGCCAUGGAAGGGCAGGGGAGGAUUCAAGCGGAGCGGUUUGACCUCAAACAGGUUUUCCGUGGAGGCCCGGACCCCUCUGCUCCCCAUGGGCAGCUGUCAGGCAGGGCACAACCUGCAUCUCUGUCUGGCCCACCACCCACCGCUGGUCUGUGCCACUUUGAUCCUGCUGCUUCUUGGCCUCUCUGGCCUGGGCCUUGGCGGCUUCCUUCUCACUCACAGGACUGGCCUGCGCAGCCCUGACAUCCCUCAGGACUGGGUCUCCUUCUUGAGAUCUUUCGGCCAGCUGACCCUGUGCCCUACGACCGCGACAGCCACAGGGACGUCGCAUGGAUCCCACGUGGUGGGCUUGCUGACCACCUUGAACUUCGGAGAUGGUCCAGGCAGGAACAAGACCCAGACAUUUCAAGCCACGGUGCGGGGUAGUCAGAUGGGAUUGAAAGGACCUUCUGCAGGAGAGCUGGUCCUCAUUACAGCCAGGGUGACCACAGAAAGGACCCCAGGGAUCUGCCUGUAUUUUAGUGCUGUCCCAGGACUCCUGCCGUCCAGCCAGCCACCCAUAUCCUGCUCAGAGGAAGGAGUAGGAAAUGCCACCCUGAGCCCUAGGAUGGCUGAGGACUGUGUCCGGGUCUGGAGCCAGGAAGGCCUUGCGCUCACCAAACUGCUCACCUCGGAGGAGCUGGCCCUGUGUGGCUCCAGGCUGCUGGUUUUGGGCUCCUUCCUGCUUCUCUUCUGUGGCCUUCUUUGCUUUUUUACUGCUGUGUGCUUCCACCCUCGUCGGGAGUCCUACUGGUCUAGAACCCGGCUCUGAGAGCACUGGUCUGGUUCCUGUCUUGUUCUCAGGUGUGAAUCAACUUCUUGGGCCUUGGUUCUGAGUUGGAAGAGAUGUUACAGAAAGUGGAGAGCAAAAAUGUGGGGGGAAAUAAAAGGAUUUUCCCCCCCCAA